CUUGACCUUGACUCCCACUGAACUCAUCUCCGGCGGCCGUCUGCCACCACCCAAAAUGGGAAGAACACCUUGCUGUUCUAAGGUCGGUUUACACCGAGGUGCAUGGUCCUCCGACGAAGAUAAACUCUUAACCGACUACAUUCAAACUCAUGGUGAAGGCCAAUGGCGGGCAUUACCUUCCAAAGCUGGGUUGCUUAGAUGUGGAAAGAGUUGCAGGUUGAGAUGGAUGAACUAUCUCCGGCCAGGUAUCAAGAGAGGAAACUUCAGUUCCGACGAUAAUGAUGUCAUUAUCCGGCUACAUUCUCUCCACGGCAACCGUUGGUCGCUCAUCGCCACCGAACUUCCGGGUCGGACCGAUAAUGAGAUAAAAAACCACUGGAACGCCCACCUCCGGAAAAUGGGUGACGACCACCGCCCAAAAGUCACCAAAAAGAAGACGACGAAGAAGAAGAGAAAGUUGGAUGCCGAAACGACGACGUCGUCGGGUACAGAAAAGUCAAAGAAAGUCAAACCAUCUGAUCAUUCAGCUGUUCAUUUUUCUUCUUCUUCUUCUUCUUCUUCUUCUUCGUAUUCGUCUUCGUCGUCUGAGUCAGUCCGCAAGAACGAGAGUUCUGAUAAUGGAAUGGUGAGUGGUGCGUCAUCAUCGAGUUGUACCAUUGACCUUGGAGAAGCUGACUUUGACUUUUCAUGGUCAAACUGGACUCCAUUUUUAACGUUGGAAGAUGAAAGCAGCAUCGACGGUCUUGAAGAUCAGAGUUUUUUAAUGGACGGUUGUGAUUUACUGAUAACAAAAGACGAUGAAUAUGAAAGCUUGAUGCUGGAGAAGCUGUAUCAUGAAUACCUAAAUCUCCUCAAUCAUGAAGACGCACAAGGAAAUAACUAAUUAUUUCAUGUAGUCUUUUAU